AUGGCAAGUCCCGUGGCGCCUGCUUUCCUUGAGGCCUGUCCUGGCGCGCCGGUUCCGAGAACCACCCGUCACUGCGGGCAGCGCUCGGCGCCUGCAUCUGCGGCCGGUGGGGGGCCUGGACGCUUUGGCAACCUACCUGUCUGCUCGCUAAGCGAGCACAGACCCUUGCAGACACCUUCGCAUCUGAUACCUGCCGUGUUGGCCGGUUGCUUCGGCGCGUUGAGAAGGCGUCGGCGAACUGCGUGCAGAAGUUUCCACUGGCCGUGGUCGCUUAGCAAAGAAGCCGAUGAAACUGCGAAGCACUGGUGGCAUCAUCACCCACGAGCUUCAGACAUUCUGAUUGGGUGGAUCCAGCACUCACAGUUGACUCAAGGAAACAGAAUCGACUUAGAGGUCGAGUUUUCCACAAGCAGCAGAGGACGGUGGAAAUCGAGAGGCCUGGGAUUCAAGGGCCCCUUUGAGGCCAGGGUGGACAGGACAGGCGAAGCCGCUUACCUCAUCCUCGCAGACAGCUCCACCGUCCUCCGAGGCCGUAUGGAGGAGGCGUCCCUGAGCAUCCAAGGAAUCGUCACCCACGAGAAGGUAGAAGGUGGGAGUUUUGUCCUGCAAGCCCUUCCGGACUGCUAUCACGAGUGGUGGUCUCACAUAAAGGGCGAGCUUGCUUCCUACCACGGAAACAACCCGGGCAUCCUGGUCUUCUCCGAGGAUGGCUCCAUCGAGACCGGCCAAGACGAAUCCACCUCCGAGGAUUCCACGGAUGCGCCAGACAUCACCUCCCCGGCCGACUUGCGGAAGUUCCUGCUGAAGCGCUUGACGCAGGUCGGCUCACAAAGGAGCCCAGGCCAGGACCGGUCCAAAGGGAGCCGGCGAAGGGAACUACUGCAGAGAUUCGCCUUCCGCCCUGACGAAGUCAAAGAGUAUCUUGAUCGCUACGUCAUCUGCCAGACGGCUGCAAAAGAGAUGCUCUCGGUCGCGAUCUGCGAUCACUACAACCGCGCGAAGGAAGAGCUCGCCGUUGAUGCCGAGCCGGAUGGGACAGAGCCUACCAAGGCGGAGGAGAAGCUGGAGAAAGAUCAGCCAGAAGAAAAGCCAGCAGAGACUUCAAAGGCGAGCGAAAGCGUGGCUGAGGCUGAAGCUUCCACUUCAGAUGCUGUACAUACUGAGGAGUCUUCAUCACUCGAGGAAACCGUCCAAGAGAAGGCCAAGCAGGUUGAUACACCUGGUGAGAUGUCGGAGCAAAGUCCUGCCGGUGCGGAGACAGGUGCCAAGGUGGACUCCAGCGAUGGGCUGGACAAAGUUCAGUUCACCGACACCGAUGGAGAUGUAAUCCUACUCCAGGUUGAGGAGGACCACGUAGCCGAGUAUGUGAACCGGGAGCCCGAGCUGGAGCGUGUGGAGCGUUUUGAGAUCGAUCUGGAGAAGCGGACGUACCGGGACGAUUCCGGAGAGGGCCGCUUCAACGAGUCGGAGGAUCUUCCGAAGAUUCAGACGGAGGUGCAAGCGCUCUUCACCCGGGCGGCCAAGGCCACCCUUUUGAAGCCCAAGCGGGUGAAAAACUACACCAAGCCGAACAUCUUGCUUCUGGGUCCCACGGGCAGCGGAAAGACUUACUUGCUUAGAAAUCUGGCUGACCUCAUUGGGGUUCCGUUUGUGAAAGCGGAUGCGACCAAGUUCACAGAGACCGGAUAUGUUGGACGUGAUGCAGACGAGGUGAUGAGCGAAUUGCUGCAAGCUGCAGACGGCGAUGUCGAGCUUGCUCAGGUGGGCAUUGUUUAUGUGGACGAGAUCGACAAAGUCUGCUCCGAGGGAGGUGGGCGCACCUCCUCCUUCAGGCGGGCUACGCAAAGCACGUUCUUGAAGCUCAUGGAGGACACCGAAGUUACAGUGGGUGGUCAAGGGCCACGUUUGGUUCUCGGCGCCAUGGGUGGGGACAAGGGCACCAAGAUGUCAACAAGGCAUGUGCUGUUCGUUUUUUCCGGUGCCUUCAGCCAGCUUGAUGAGAAGCUCAAGGAGGAUCAUAUCCGCGACAUGAAGGGCUUCGGUUUCACUUCCGGAGCAGCAGAGAAGGCUGAAGAUGUCCGGUCGAUGCUGCACAAGGCUGAUACUGAAGAGCUUGUCAAAGCUGGCAUGGAAAGGGAAUUCGUGGGCCGCUUGCCGGUGCGCGUUGCGCUGCAAGCACUUUCAGAUGAGGAUCUGUUCCAGGUGUUGACGACAGCAGAGGAUGGGGCAACGUCCCAGCUCACGGACGACUUCCGGCGUUACGGAAUUGAGCUCCGCUUCACGGAUGCGGCUUUGCGCACUGUCGCGCAGAAGGCCGCCAAAGAGGGAACAGGCGCGCGAGCUCUUGUCACCAUCCUUGAGAACACAUUGAGAAGGUACAAGUUCUGCUUGCCCGCCCUUGUUCCCCGUGGAUGCGAAGUUCUGGAGGUUGAUCCUGAUCUCAUCGAAAACCCGGAGCAAAGACUGGAGCAGUUGCUGAGCCAAUACGCGCUGAAUGAAACUUGA